AUGACUGCAAGGCCUGCACUUGACCCAACUCAACCCAUACACUGGAUCCUGGACUGGGAUGGCACGAUAACUCGACGCGACACUCUCGAUGCUCUCGUCAGCAUCGCAGCUUCGGCCAAGCCUGGCUCGCCGGUGCUUGAAGAAUGGAAGCGCGUCUCAGAAGCAUACAAAGACGACUACACCGCCGCCUUGGAGAAGCUUGCUCCCGGCGACAAGCUCCCUUCCACUGUAAAAGAGGAGAGAAAGCUGCUGCUGGCACUCAGAAAUGUCGAACAAACGAGUCUCGAGCGUGUCUCUGCAUCCGGAAUCUUCGCAGGCCUGACUCAGAAACUGCUUGAGGAAGGUGCCAGCAAUGCCAUAGACUCCAGGAAGGUUGAGAUACGAGACGGAUGCACCGAGUUCCUGCAGUCAAAACGGACGAAUGACUACGACAGUCUCGAUCUCCUGAGUGUUAAUUGGAGCCGUCACUUCAUCAGCUCUUGUUUGAUGGCAGCAAACACACCUGUCGGCCAUGACUCUAUAUAUGCAAAUGAACUCGAUGGUAUCGAAGCCAAUCGCACUUCACACGGCAUAAUCAGUCCUAAAGGAGAGGCGAAGAUAUCCAUCAUCUCUAGCAGCGACAAGUUGGAGUAUAUGACACGCUUGAAGGAGCAAGACAAAAGGACAGUAGUAUAUGUAGGAGACAGCUGGACAGAUAUUGAGUGCCUCCUCGAGGCAGAUUUGGGCAUUUGCAUCCGCGACGAGCCGAUCGGCAGCUCACAGAAGAAGCUGGCUGAGCGGCUACAAAGCUUGGGUGUCCACUGUCCACAUUUGUCGGCCUCAACCAAAUCCGGUGAAAGGCAAGUCGUGUGGGCCAGAGAUUUCGCCGACAUCCAAGCCUGGACCAAUGUCCGCAACGCACACAACGCGCAGUCAACUUGA